UCCGGGCGCGGCUCGCCAGAAACAAUCGAAUUCGGGUCGGUCUAAGACAAGAUCCUUAUUUUGCCACUUUUCACCCAAACGGAGGAAAACUACGAACUACUUCUCUGCGGGGCCGGGCUGUAAUGCCAACCCAAGGGAGGGAGAAGGAGUCCUCGCCAUGGCUCUGGAAGUCGUGGCGGUGAAGAGCGGAGGGAAGGUCUGAGGAUAUUCCCCCUCCCAACGCAGCGAGAGACACAACCUGCGAACUCCAAGAUUCAAGCUACACACUGGCCCUGAGGGCCUCCGCUGCCUCCCUUUUUAAAGAAGAUCCAGCAGGGAGGGAACACCACGCAUGCGUAGAGCUCUGUCGCGACGGGACGGUCUUAACUGCGCACGCGCCCUUGUCCACAAGCGAGGCGGAGAGGUCUAACCCUCUAGCCCUCUAGCCACGCUCCCUUCGUGGCUCACGCCCCGCCCACCCAUCGUUUCCAUGGCGACCCAGACGCAGUUAUUACGUCUCUAGACUACAGGUUCGGCUUCGAUGGACGCUGCUCACCUGGCCGCGGCUGAGACCGUAGGAACUCACGCUUUCCAGCAAGUAGAUAGUGAGAAACAGGUGGAAAACAAGAGGAGGCCCUGUUUGGACCGUUGCCAACAUUUUUUUUGGGUGGGCGUUUUCCUAGAUAUGGUGGGCUCGGUGGUGCUGGGCAUGGGGAUCUUCGCCCAAGUACAAUGCAGCGACAUGCUGCUCUACCUGGGCUCCAUCAUCAUCUUCCUGAGCUUGCUCUGUUGGUUCUUCUGGUACACCGGCAACAUCGAAGUGGACCCCGAGGACGUCUUGAAGAAGAGCCCCUUCGUGCUGUCCCCCAGCAUCGUGGACACGCUCAACCCGAGCUUCAGUCACCGCUUCUCCUGCACCUUCCGCGACUUCUCGGCCACCCUGAUGCGGCUGCGGCAGCCCCGCCAGCAGCGGCAGCGGCGUUCCCGCCGCUCGACGACGAACCUGCUCAGGGAGUCACUCAACACAAUAACCAUGGUCAUCAACCAACUGGAGCAGGGAGAGGAGGAGGAGGGUCAGGACAGAGAGGGGAAGGGACCCAUUCUCCAGGGUAGUGACAUUCAAGAUGAAGGGAGAAAGGCCUGGGCCUAUCAACCUGAAGCUGCCAGAAGUUUAAAAAUAGUUGGCACCCCAAGAUCUGAUGCUGUGUACGUGACCCCUGAGCACGGGGUGACACGGUUUACUCGAGAACCAUUGUCCCAGCAGGUACAAUCUGAUAGCACAUGGCCUGUGGCCCAGCCUCUACCUUUCAGCCUUCGUGCCUCUGUCAGCCUGCCCACAUUCUCCCUGGAUUCGACCAGUCCACCUGUAACACUUGUCACUUAUAAGAGCACAGUUCUAAGCCCCAAAGCCGAUUCUAGCCAGGCUGCUGCCUGCUUGGCUUCUACUAGUCAGCCCCUGCACUUGCUGUGUUCCAGCCUGCCUACUGUCCGCUUGUCUUCUCUGACUAGGCCUCUGAGUCAACCUACACUCUCUGUGGACCAGUCCCUGUUGUUUACGACUCCUCAGUACCGCCUCCAAGAAUCAUUACACUUACAGAGCCAGCUCCAGCCAACAGUUGUUCAGGCUCACCAAAGCCACUUUGUGCCCGACAUGUUCUCUGUGUUGCAUUUCCUACCACCUUUUCAGUCCAAAGAUAUUACCCCAAGUGUGUCCCAAGCUGCCCAGGACUUCCAGAACCAUUUUAUUUACAGCAGAGAAUGCAUCAGAAGAAGAACUGCAGUGCAAGAGAUUGCUCUGAGCAGCUCUUCAUCUAUUGACAUGCCUCAGAAGCCAAAAGCUCAGUUUUUGAAGAAUCUGCCAGGGGUCAGACAGGACCCCUCUGAUGACAAGGAGAAUCCACUUCCAGAAUCUUCAUCUUCAGGCACUGGGAUUCAGAAGACAGUGCCUCCCAAGAGUGGGCCCAGACACACACCUUAAAGAAGAAAAAUCCUCUCCCUCUAGAAAAGAACCUGACCCCAGACAGCCCAAUGGUGGCUGAGGUCCCUGACUUUGGAGGGACCUUCAUCUAUAUUAUUCAUCCAUUGUUUUUGUGCUCAGUGUUCUGACAAUUUCCUCAGGCCGUACAA